CAAUGGCUGGAAAAUUCGAGCGCGUGGAAAGACAUGAUGUCGUAGAAUUCUUGAAGGAGAAGAAUUGCACCGAUUGGUCAAACAGCUCGGCUAGUAAACUCGCCGGAUAUACUGUAAAUCUGCCGACGAAAUUAAAAACUUUGCCGCAAGCUCAGGGGACAGAAAUAAAUAAGGUUAUUGACGACAUAAAAGCCGCAUUACCGUACAUAACUCCUAAGGAAGUGAGAAGAUUUCAUAUGCCGUAUCACGAGGCGAUCCUUCUCGAACUUAAAGAGGAGGGAUAUCGAGAAUCAUUCGAUUGCUUGACGGAACUUUUAGAUUUCGAUGAAAAAAUUACAGAAAAAAUGCUUGGAUCGUUGUUGUGGAAAAAGCCAUCUUUGAAAGAUCAACGAGAUAUUAUAACAUGUCUAAAAAAUGGAUUGAUCGUGUCCGAAAAUAGUAAGAGUAAAGGUGACCAUCUUGCAGAAGCAACGACACUUUUAGACAUGGCCCUGUUCUUUCAAUCGAAAACGUGGGAAUGGUGGUGGCUAGCCGAACGUCUCUAUCAAUCUGCCCUUUUGGCCGCGAAGUUAAUAGACAAUGACGAUGGUGAAACGAUCACGUUUAUACGUUACUUAUACGGUCGAUUUCUUUUUUACCAAUUGCAGAAUCCCACAGAAGCUCUAGAUUAUCUAAACAAGGCGCGAGAAGAUUCAGAAAAUAAGGUAUGGAACGCGUCGAUGAAAUUGGGAAUAAGGCAAGACUGCAUUUUUAAAGAAUGCAACAUCCUCUUGUACAAAGCUCUGUUGAUUUUCGUUCGCGAGGAACGUCCCCAAAAUCCCGAUGCAGCUUUGAAAGUCUGCAAUGAGGCUGUAACGAGAGCAACUGAUAUUGGGAACACCGAAUAUCUAAAUGAAGCUCUUCACGAGCUCGGGAAAUGUUACAUCGCUGUGAACGAUAUUAAAAAUGCGUUAAAAAGUUUUUCGAAAUUAUUAGCUCUUGCCAAGAAAAUCUCGGAUGUCGAGGGUAUUUGUAAUGCAUACAUGGAACUGGCUUUUGCGCAUAAACAAUUAAAUAAUAAUGACUACACGGAGAAACAUUUGCGAAUGUGUCGAGAAACCGCAGAAAAUUUCGGCCUCCUCGAUAAACUUGCCAAUGCACAUUAUUACACGGGCGAGCACUAUUUAAGUCAGGGAAAGUUACAUGUAUCGACCAGUCAUUUGGAAACGGCACUAAACUUAUACAGUAGACUUAACUUGACUAACGAAGCUGAUCGAGCAAGAUGUAUUGCAGGAAUUUCUAAAGGUCAAGAGAGAAUCGAGAAAUAUAUCGAUUUAUUAUUACAAAGUGGUGAAUACGAUGAAAACGCAACGUUGAAACUCUGUCGAUGGAAAAGUUACAGAGAGAUCUUUUGGACUGAACACAUACACAAUACAAAAUCAGACUUGGAAAUUCAAUAUGAAAACUCGGAUAUUUCAUCAUCGCUCUCUUUUACAAUUUAAUUUUAUGGGCUGUAAAAGCAACGUCGCAACUUCAAAAAUCCGUAUGUUACAAUUACGUCUAAUAAAAUUUAUUAUUACAAUUAG